AUGAGACGGGCCAAUACUGCAGUUCAACGUGAACGAUACCCGAUCCCGACGGUGGACGAAAUGCUGGAAGACAUGAAUGGCAGCAAGGUGUUCUCCAAGCUUGAUUUACGUUGGGGAUACCACCAGAUAGAGCUGGACGAGGAAUCAAGGGAGAUAACUACGUUUGUGACACACGAGGGCCUCUAUCGCUAUAAGCGCCUCAUGUUUGGAAUUUCCUCAGCAUCCGAAAUCUACCAAAGGGUGAUAGGGCAAGUCAUUCAAGGAAUUGAAGGAGUCCGAAAUUUGUCUGAUGACAUAAUUGUUUACGGAACAGACGAGGUGGACCAUAACAGGAAGCUUACAAAAGUGCUUGACAGAUUGGCAGAGAAGGGACUGACUCUAAAUAGAGAAAAGUGCAAAUUCGGUCUGUCGAAAAUUUUAUUCCUCGGACACGUGAUUUCGUCAGAAGGAAUCCGGCCUGACCAAGGAAAGGUCCAAGCAGUAUCAGAGACCAGGACGCCGACGAAUAGUUCUGAAAUAAGGAGUUUUCUUGGACUAGCUAAUUACUGCGGGCGUUUCAUACCGAAUUUUUCGACGAUUGCAGCCCCACUACGCGAGUUAACAAGGAAGAGCACUCACUGGAGGUGGACGCAAAAACACCAGGAUGCGUUUGACAUGCUUAAAAAAGCCCUUGUAAGUGCUGAAGCACUAGCAUACUACAACCCAAAAGCCGAGACGAGGAUAAUAGUGGAUGCAAGUCCCGUAGGACUGGGAGCCAUACUAGCACAGAAACAACCAGACGGAUUGUUUAAACCAAUUGCAUAUUCAAGUCGAUCUCUAACCGAUGUAGAGCAGAGAUACUCACAGACUGAGCGCGAAGCGCUGGGUGUAGUGUUCGGUUGUGAAAAGUUCCACAUGUACAUAUACGGACUAGAGUUCGAAAUCUGGACUGAUCAUAAGCCACUGACCUACAUUUACUCUCCAAAGUCAAAACCACCAGCCAGGAUCGAGCGAUGGAUUUUGCGACUACAGCCUUAUAAGUAUAAGAUCGUCUACAUACCUGGACCAAAGAAUGCUGCUGAUGCUCUAUCGAGAUUGAGCCGAAAUCGGGUUGGUCGAAUACGCCACAUUGCAGAGGAGUACGCGUAUUUCAUCGCAGAAAAUGCUGUACCAAAAGCACUGACCAUCCAAGAAGUUCGUCAGAAAACAUCGGAGGACCCAGAACUCGCGGAGAUUAUGAGGAAGAUCAAGACGGGGGACGGCCGUCUGAGUCCAAAAUUUCGUACCGUGGAGGCGGAGCUUUCAGUCGUUGACGGAAUAGUAUUACGUGGAUCGCGCAUCAUAUUGCCCAAGUGCCUCAGGAGGCAAACAGUAUCCCUGGCCCACGAAGGACACCAGGGUAUUGUCCGGACGAAACAGAGACUAAGAGAGAAGGUAUGGUGGCCAGGUAUCGAUAUAGAAACCGAGCGAUUUGUCAGAGCGUGUCAUCAAUGCCAACUUUUAACAAACAGCAAUAGACCCGAACCAGUUCGAACAACUGUUUUACCUGACGGGCCAUGGCAGGAUCUGGCUAUAGACCUUAUGGGACCGUUUCCCUCUGGGGAAUACCUAUUAGUCGUUAUAGACUAUUUCUCCCGAUUCCAGGAAGUAGCCAUAAUGAAGAAGAUAACUAGUGAGAGGAUCAUUUUCCAACUUGAAAGUAUGUUCGCAAGGCACGGCUUACCUUACAGCAUGCGGAGUGAUAAUGGACCACAGUUUGUGUCGGAGGAGUUUAAGGGAUACCUGGAUUUAAAUGGUAUCAAACACAUUCGGACCAACCAUACUGGCCGCAAGGGAAUGGGGAAGUAG